AAAAAAAGUCGGUUAGGUGCGGGGCUGGGCCAUCGGUGCAGAGCCCAUUUUUUUUUCUUCAUCAUGUUAAACGACAGCCUCCGAUGGGAAGCCAGGAUACUUCCACCUGGACCACCACGUUUACUCGGUUGGAAUGUACCUCCUGAAGAAUUAAUUCAUAUACCGGAGCACUGGCUGGUCUAUCCCGAACCAAAGCCCGCCUUUCAUUAUCUCUUGGCUCUAGUAUAUGUUGCCUUUACUUUUGUUGCACUGCUGGGCAAUGGUCUCGUCAUAUGGAUAUUCGGCGUAGCAAAAUCACUACGCACCCCAUCAAAUAUGUUUGUGAUCAACCUGGCAUUCUGCGACUUCAUGAUGAUGCUGAAAACUCCUAUUUUCAUUUACAACUCCUACCACAAUGGAUUUGCCCUGGGCAAUCUAGGAUGUCAGAUUUUCGCUGUCAUGGGAACUCUUUCUGGAAUUGGUGCAGCGAUUACGAAUGCAGCUAUAGCAUUUGACAGAUACAGGACAAUUGCAAGACCUCUGGAUGGAAAGCUGUCCCAGGGACAUGUUUUGCUGUUCAUCGUGCUGAUCUGGGUGUACGUGAUACCUUGGGCCCUAAUGCCCUUAAUGGGUGUCUGGGGAAGAUUUGCGCCUGAAGGAUUUCUCACUACCUGCACCUUCGACUACCUUACUGAUACGCCUGAGACUCGUUACUUCGUUGCCACUAUCUUUACAUUUUCAUAUGCUAUACCAAUGUUGCUCAUUAUUUAUUAUUAUAGUCAGAUUGUCGGACACGUGGUUAAUCAUGAGAAGAGCCUGAGAGAACAGGCCAAGAAGAUGAAUGUUGAGAGUCUCAGAAGCAAUGCUAACACUCAUGCACAAUCGGCUGAAAUAAGAAUUGCAAAGGCUGCAAUUACAAUCUGCUUCCUAUUCGUCGCUUCGUGGACACCAUAUGGAGUGAUGGCUAUGAUUGGUGCAUUUGGAAACAAAAGUCUCUUAACACCUGCUGUAACAAUGAUUCCAGCUUGUGCAUGCAAAUUUGUGGCGUGUUUAGAUCCAUACGUUUACGCCAUAAGUCAUCCGAAGUACAGGUUGGAGCUCCAGAAACGUUUACCAUGGCUAGACCUUCAGGAAUCCCCUCCACCAGCGGAUACAGUCAGCAGUACGACAGAAGUUGUGAAUUCACCCAAUUGAAGCAGUAAAUUGAUCCAACGACGAUGUCACAUCAUUGAAACCGAAUUCUGAUAUUCAAUGUUCACUUGGUCAAUGGUAAUAAAGAAUUUCCUGGCAAUCAUCGA